CAACUAGUCCCUCAUUUGUGUUAAAUAAUGCGUAACAACUUCCAAAAUAAUAAAUUGCUAGUUCAUGCUCUCUCAUAACUUAUUUGAAAUACCAACUUCAAUCCUAUUCUCACCAGAAAAUAUAUAACCUCCCGACGUACCUAGGUAUCUAGGUAUAUACGAACAAAUCGAGUCCUUAUACCUUAUACUACGCGUAUCCGUAUACCUAUCAUAUCUCCAAGGUAGAGACGCACUUAUCCAAGCGGAACCGAAUUAAUAUAUUAGUAUAUCCCCAAAGACGAGGACAGCAAUAUGAACAGUUCCCCAACCAAACGACGCGCCUUGGCUCCAAUGGAUGCCAAUUCGCGAACCCCAUCAACUACUUCAAAGCUUCAAACGUCCAAGCCCAAGCCACAGGUGCUAUCAACUUCACCGAUUCGAAGUGACCAUAGUGCUACCAAGAGACUUCUCAAUCAGGAAUCCAGCCACGACCAGCAUCCAUCAAUACAGCCUUUCAAGAAGCGACGGGUUUCAAUUGACGAAGAUGUCCAAUCCACGCCAGUAGGAGAUGACCCUGUGAUUGAGGAUUCAUCACAUGAAAACGAGAUUCGUAGUUACGAUAUUCUCCGCCAGCGAUCAGACUCGCCCGACGAAGAAUCCUCCCUCUUCGAUAAUUCGGCCAUCGACGCAACCCAGGAUACUACAAUAACGGAGCCGGACGUGGAAGUACUCGCGCGAGUUCCCCCAGUCCAGGCACCAGCGCCUGGCCGGCAACGAGCUAUUUCUCGCGAGGAAGCUAGGCGAAAAGCAGAGACACUACGGUUGAGGUUAGGUCUCGCGAGCUACAAGGUCCGGACGGGGCAGACAGACGUGCCCUUAGACCAGCUCAAAGUCAAGCCACUGCCGGGUAAUAAUACCCGUGGUAGAUCGGGAUGGUAUGAGGAACAGCCGUCUCUACCUCCUCUCCCGCGAAUUACGUAUACGAGGGAAGAAUCCGAAGAAAGGGAACAGGAUGAAGAGGAGCGUCAUAGUAGACCAAGAACAGCGACGCAGAAGCCAGUGUAUACGGAAUCAUUCUUCGGCCAGGAAAACAGCUUUGAUGAGGCAUACCAAAUAUCGGAAUUGCCAAUGCCGUCUUCAGAGACUAUGCGAGGCUCGCCAGGCAAAGAGCUUGCUAACAGUGGUCUAAGUGGUAUCGCAGCUAGGGUUCUGAUGAGCACAUCUCAGUCUUGAUAUCGGAGUAAUCUUCGCUGAGAUCUUCAUGAUCUAUACAGGAAAAGCAUAUGGGCGGCGUUGGGCGUCACAAGUUACUCACUGAGUUAUAAAAUACUGAGUCUAGUUGAUGGUGUUUGCUUUAGAAGUCUUGACACUGCAUAGAGACGUAUAAGAAUGCAUAGGGAUGCAUAGAAACGAACUAAUGAAUAUUCAUUAUCU